GAUAUUGAGUGAGAAAAGACAAGAAGUCAACAAACGUAUAAAAUGGGGGCCAAAGACCAUUUUCCUAUUCAAAAGCUGUGGGCGUUUUAAACUUUUUUGACAUCAAAUUUUAGGACUCCGAUUAACCCGUCGGAGUCGGACUCUGAUUCUCUCUCAUACAUACACACACUCAAAUUCUGAGUACGCAUUCGGCAGCCAUUUCUACACAACAACAACAACAACAACAACAACAAAGAUGGCGACUGCAAUCAAAGUCGUCUUCGGUCUACUCACAUUCGUCACCAUCGGCAUGAUCAUCGGUGCUUUGUUUCAGUUAGCAUUUAUAUACCGGCUUGAAGAUUCGUCUGGCACGAGUCUUCCAUCAUCUAGAAAGAUGCAACAAACGCAAGCUAACAGCUAUCUUCCAUUGUCAACAGGCAUUAGUAGUUGGGCAAAUGACAAAGAAGCUUCUCUUUUACGCCUUGGACUUGUCAAGCCUGAGGUGAUUAGUUGGUCACCCCGAAUCAUUGUGCUCCAUAAUUUUUUAAGCAUGGAGGAAUGUGAUUAUCUGAGAGCUGUUGCUUUGCCUCGCCUUCAAGUUUCUACUGUAGUUGACACAAAAACUGGAAAGGGAGUUCGAAGUGAAGUUCGUACAAGUUCUGGAAUGUUUUUACAUCCAGACGAGCGGAAGUAUCCAUUGAUAGAGGCAAUAGAAAAAAGAAUUUCCGUUUACUCUCAAGUACCAGUAGAAAAUGGAGAGCUCAUUCAAGUUUUAAGGUACGAGAGAGAUCAAUUUUACAGACCCCACCACGAUUACUUUUCUGAUUCUUUCAAUGUGAAGCGCGGUGGUCAAAGAGUAGCAACAAUGCUUAUGUACUUAAGUGACAAUGUUGAAGGGGGUGAAACAUAUUUCCCUAUGGCUGGUUCAGGUGAAUGUAGCUGUGGCGGGAAGAUGGUUUCAGGAAUGUCAGUAAAACCACUAAAAGGAGAUGCUGUUCUAUUUUGGAGUAUGGGUCUUGAUGGACAGCCUGAUCCACGUAGUGUACAUGGUGGAUGUGAAGUGCUUUCUGGCCAGAAAUGGUCUGCUACCAAAUGGAUGAGGCAGAAAGCCAUCUAAUUCCCAACAAGGUGCUCAUAAGAUCCUUUUUGUCUCGAAUUCUUUUGUCAAAUACAAAGCACUUUAUUGCAAGAUGACAUCUGCCGGAUUUAACUAUAAGAGAAAUGAGUUAGGUUAGUUAGAAGACUUGUACAGCGAACCACAGAGAGUUUCUUUCAAUGUGAAACUCAGCACUUAGAGACCUCCUCCAUAUAUAUAUUCAUGUAAUGAUAGAAAAAACAAUAUUCUCAUAUAAUCUGCCUUUUCUUGGGUGUUUUAUUCUGCU